AUGAAAAAGUAUGAUGGGGAGACCAAGACGCAGGGGGAGAACGAUGUCAAGACAUAUAAGGUGGUUGUGCCACCGAAGUAUUUGGUGGUGGUGUUGGAGGGUGUGGGGGUGGUAAAGUUGCCCAGCGUGUUGGAUGUGAGUGGGACAAAGUACGAGAUGGUUUCGGCGAUCAAGAAGAGUAGCGGGUGGGCAGUUUCGUUGAGAAGUGAAAGUGGCUGGGUGCUGAUUGAGGAUCUACAGGUAAAGUCGCAAAGUUCUGAGUUGUUAUUUCUAGACAAGAACUAUAUAGUUGUGUGGAGGUUAAGUAGGGAGUAG